UCUAGUCUGACUCUUCUCCCUCCCACUUCACUCCUCGACAUUCGUCUACAAUCGGUUGCCUUACCACUCAAACGCGCCCAUUAUCAGCAGCACAGCCACACUGGGCGGUGUCGUGGUCGUUGUAUCUUCGAGUUGAGCUGAACGUUGCAGACAUGGCCUGUCGCAGGAUCACACAGGAGACCUUCGAUGCGGUGGUCAAGGAAAACAUCGAGGAGUUCGACAUGGACGCUGCGGAGGCCUUGAGGGAAGCGGUAGAGCAGUUUGAGUCUCAAGGGGUGGACCUCAGCUGUAUAGUGAAAGCUGUGCCGACAGCAGGUGAUGACCAAACAGAGGAGCAUGAGGUCCUUCAGGCCCUGGAAUCCAUUCAAAUAGCGUCUGACAAUAGUAUGGCUGCAGAUCUGAAACGCUUCACUGAGCAGUGCUCUCUCGGCUUCGCCCAGAGGCAUCUGGCAGCCCAGAAAGAUGCCUAUCCUGCAAUCAUCUCCUGCUGUAGAAAGACACUGGAUGAACAGGAGGCUCUGCUGGCCUCUCUCUCUGCCCUGGCCGCUCUGACAGAUGGCCAGCCAGACCUCCUUGACUUGGAGGGCAAGGAGCUCCUUGUGAGCAUCCUUGGCAUGUACCAGACAGACCCUGCACUGAUGUUAGUUGCCAUCCGUACGGUACGCCAUUGCUGUUUGAAGCACGAGCAGAACAGGCAGGAUUUGGUGAAGGCUGGAGUGCUGCCGUUGCUAACCGGCACCAUCAAGCGACACACUGGACGCUCCGAUCUGGUCAAGGAGGCCUGUAAUGCCCUCCGGUACAUGACCUUUGACGACGACAUAAGAGUUCCUUUUGGACAGGCUCACGAACACGCCAAGAUGAUUGUUAUGGAACACAAUGGGUUGAAAGUCAUUGUGGAGGCUGCCAAAGCACACCCCGAGAAUAGCCCUCUCCUCAGUGUCCUGUGUGCUACUCUGUCCAGCCUGGCCGUGAGGAACGAGUUCUGUCAGGACAUCUGUGACCUGGGAGGGUUAAAGUUCAUGAUGACCCUGCUGGCAGACAGUUAUGAGUCCCAGGAACUCACAAGGCAGGUGCUGAGCGCUCUGAGGGCCAUAGCAGGAAAUGAUGAUGUGAAGGAUGCUGUCACAAAUGCCGGUGGAGUACAGCUCAUUGUCAUCGCCAUGAACAGACACAUGGGCAAUGCUCAGGUCUGUGAGCAGGGCUGUGCUGCUCUCUCUGUGGUUGCUCUGCGCAAACCCAACAACUGCCAAGUCAUUAUGGAGGAAGGCGGUGCGCUGGCAGCUCUGCUGGCUAUGAAGACCCAUCCUGAUGAGGUCAAUGUGCAGAAACAGGGAUGUAUGCUGCUGAGGAACCUAGUGGCGCGCAUGACUCACUUCAACCAACCCAUCCUGGAGAUGGGAGCAGAGGCCCUCAUCGCCCAGGCCCUGGCGGCCCACCGGGACUGCGGGGAUCUGGCCAAAGCUGCCCUUAGGGACCUUGGCUGCCAGGUGGAGCUCCGAGAGCUGUGGACGGGCAAGAAGGGCAGCCUCACCAGAGAUUGACAUUAAGGUCUGAUAGGCCCUCGGUCACCCACCCUGGUCUGGAGGAUGUACAGGAUGUGCAUGCUUUUGUUCCAGCCCAGCUAUAACAACCCUGAUUGAUCUAAUUUACUGCUAAUUUGAACAGGACAUGUGUGUCAGUUCUAGGCUGUAAUAAAAGCUUGCACACUCUGCAGCUCUCCAGAACCAGGGUUGGGGACCACUACACUCAGAACACCUGAACAGUCUAUAAAGCCGCUAAUCGUAGUAAAUGGCCUCAAGUUUCUGAUAUGCCUGGGAAGCAGAGUUGUAUGAUGGGGUACAGAGCGGGAUAAAGCUGUUGGACUUGUAGUGUUUUUAAAUGUAUUAUUAUUUACUGUACAUAUAUUUUUGUUACUUUUUGUAACAAGGUACUAGUUGGAGUGGUUAUAAGUUUUAUUUUUACUUUUACAGCCAUUAUGUUUUAUCUGCAUUUUGUUUGAUAAGUAUUAUAUCCUGACUUUUGCCUGUACUCCCAAAUUGUUUCUUUGCUGAGCUGGACCUUUUAGAUUUUUAUGAGUAAAAGUGUUAAUUUUUUUUCAAACAUUCCUUAACAAUACUCCAUGGUUAGGUUAAAUUAGAAGUGAAGUAUUUAAAUUCAGGAAGUGAUUUGAAUUAAAAAUGUAAUAAUGGCAAAACUUUUUUAAUCGUUUCUCCUUUCGAAGUCAUUGAAAAUAGGGGCCCUUUUUUCAGUUAUUGAAUUGGAAAUGUAGUUUAUUUACUGAAUUGACUGACUUCAAUUUGACCCCAACCCUUCAACACUUUUACCCUUUUAAGUGUCCCUUUUUAAGUCUACCUGUUAGUCUCCUGUUAUAGUAGGAAAGUGGAAAUUCUGCUACGUGCCAGUCUUCCUCUUCCGCAGAGAGACCGGCACGUGAACUGAAUGUCAAACAGUGUAUUAAAACCAACAGUCAUAAUGUGUGCAAUUUUUGCUGAUCUAAACUACGUAAUCUCUUUGCAGCUGCAUAAUAUGAAUCUAAAACAUUAUGAAAUCUGAUGUGUGUGUGGGUCUGAUUUAGACUGCCCAAUGGCUUGAGUGUGUUCUACCUACAUCUGCGUGUAUUCUAUUGGUGAAAGCAAAGUAGACACCAGCACACUGGUGAAUGCUCAUGCGGUGCAUCAAGUGCAAUGCCUUGACGCACAUGGGAGUGAAUCCUAACUUCCAUUUAAGUUUUUUUAAAUUACCUAGUCAUGCAUUGAUGUCAGUAGGAGACUGAGUCAAAAUUAAUCUUAAAUGGAAGUUAAGAUUCACCUGUUGAUGGACUGCAGAAGCAUUCGGCAGUGUGCGGGUGUCUGAUUUUCUCUCAUGACUUUACCGUUGGCACCCUGCAGCUGAAAGUAGGCUAACUGGAUGUGGGUACAGUACCGUACUUCUAAACUGUGUGAGAGUGGUUGAGCUUUGGUGUGUGUAUGGGACUCUUCUAUGUUUGAGUGAACUAAAUAAUGUUGUUUACUGAGCUCCCAUUGGGAAGUGACAAGAAGGGGAUGAGAUGUUGUAAAAAAAAAAAAUUUAGGACAUGAUUAAGAAAACUGUUCUCUCUGCCCUACAAUGAUAAACACUUCAGAACCAGUCUGAGGGGUUGCCCAGCGGUCAGGAACACUGGUCACAAUAAUUUUUACAAACUGUUUCACCCACUUUAUAUGCAUAUACUGUAUUCUAGUCAUGGCUCCAAUAUAAUAUAUAUAUACUUUUUU